GGUGCAGGGGCGGGGCAGAACCGGAGGCGAUGUCCGCUCCCUGAGGAGUCGCCAUCUUGUAUUCGGAGGUUUGCGGCUUAAGGAGAGUGUGCGCUGGCAGGAGAAUGGUUUAGAUACGGAACACAGCAUUUGAGUUUAAGGGGUUUAAGUUGGGUUUUUGUUCUUUGCCUCGUGUGAAGCUGGCGGGCCGGGAAUGAGGUGAUGAUGAUGAUGACGGCGGCGGCCCUGUGAGUCGGGCCUAGCCCCGAGCUGGUCGGAUCAGUUGGUGGAGCCGCUUUGGCCUCUCCUCUCGGCUGCAGGAAGAGUCGUUAAAGUGAUGCGGAUGUGAGGAGACGUUCAAGUCCCGGCCGGAGAGCAGCUUCAACCAUGGGUUGCAUAAAGAGCAAGGAGGACAAAGAGCCGGCUAUGAAAUACAGACCAGGUGAUGCUACUGGAACUGUUGGUGUACACAUUACUCAGUAUGGUCCUGAUCCCACCCAGCUAACACAGUCACCAGCAUCAAAAGGACCAUCUGGUAAUUUCAACAAGCAUUCCAUGGCACCAUUUGGUGGGUCCGCUGGUAUGGCGCCUUUUGGAGGGGCCUCUUCAUCAUUUACAGUUGUCCCCAGUCAGUACCCAAGUGGUGUUACAGGUGGAGUAACUAUUUUUGUGGCCUUAUAUGACUAUGAAGCAAGAACAACAGAAGAUUUGUCUUUCAAAAAGGGUGAGAGAUUCCAGAUUAUAAACAAUACGGAAGGUGACUGGUGGGAAGCUCGAUCUAUCACUACAGGGAAAAAAGGUUACAUUCCCAGCAAUUAUGUGGCUCCUGCUGACUCUAUUCAAGCUGAAGAGUGGUAUUUCGGUAAAAUGGGUCGCAAGGAUGCAGAGCGAUUGCUGCUUCAUCCAGGAAAUCCACGUGGCACAUUCUUAGUUCGAGAGAGUGAAACCACAAAAGGUGCAUAUUCCCUUUCGAUAAGAGAUUGGGAUGAAGUAAAAGGUGAUAAUGUCAAACACUACAAAAUCAGAAAACUUGACAGCGGUGGUUAUUAUAUUACAACAAGAGCACAGUUUGAGUCACUACAGAAGCUGGUGAAACACUACACAGAUCAUGCGGAUGGUUUGUGCCAUAGAUUAACUACUGUGUGCCCUACUGUAAAACCACAAACCCAGGGACUGGCUAAAGAUGCAUGGGAAAUACCUCGGGACUCCUUGCGUCUGGAAGUUAAGCUUGGACAAGGAUGUUUUGGAGAAGUCUGGAUGGGAACUUGGAAUGGAACCACAAAAGUUGCGAUUAAAACACUAAAACCUGGUACCAUGUCUCCAGAAGCCUUUUUGCAAGAGGCUCAAAUUAUGAAGAAAUUGCGUCAUGAUAAACUUGUGCCAUUGUAUGCUGUUGUUUCUGAAGAACCAAUUUACAUUGUGACAGAAUACAUGGCGAAAGGGAGCUUAUUGGAUUUUGUAAAGGAAGGUGAUGGCAAAGUUUUGAAACUUCCUCAGCUUGUUGAUAUGGCUGCACAGAUUGCCGAUGGCAUGGCAUACAUUGAACGAAUGAACUACAUCCAUAGAGACCUGCGAGCAGCCAACAUCCUUGUAGGUGACAAUCUUGUAUGUAAAAUAGCAGAUUUCGGCUUGGCGCGAUUGAUUGAAGACAAUGAAUAUACAGCAAGACAAGGAGCCAAAUUUCCAAUCAAAUGGACAGCUCCAGAGGCGGCUUUAUACGGGCGGUUUACAAUCAAAUCUGAUGUAUGGUCUUUUGGAAUUCUGCUGAUAGAGUUGGUUACUAAGGGCAGAGUGCCAUAUCCAGGUAUGGUCAAUCGGGAAGUUCUGGAACAAGUGGAACGUGGCUACAGAAUGCCUUGCCCUCAGGGAUGUCCAGAGUCGCUCCAUGAGCUCAUGAAACAAUGCUGGAAAAAAGAUCCAGAUGAAAGACCAACAUUUGAAUAUAUACAGUCCUUCCUGGAAGACUACUUUACUGCAACAGAGCCCCAGUAUCAACCUGGAGAUAAUCUAUAAGUCAAGUCAACUGCAGUAGGCUGUUUGUUCAUCAAAACUGAAGGACUCUCAAAUGGUGUCUUGCAACUUAAUGCUGAACCAAUGUUGAUACACACAACCUAGAAUUCUACUGCGCGGUUGCACAGACCACUUUUUUUUUCUUGAACUGAACACUUGUCAUCCUUUUACCAUUUCACUUCAGGGUACUAAAGGAAUUUUUUGUGAACACUAAUCAUUUUUAGGCUAAAUAUGGUGUAGGAACAACAAGGUCCAUGUUUAUAAAUGUGAAGACUUAAAUCAAUCUUAUAAAAUUCUAACCUAGGUAUUAACUAAAGUCCUGUAUUUUUGGAGAGGAAUAAGUCUAACUUUUUAGAAUAUUGAUGAAACAAUCUGACUUAGACUAAAUUUGCCUGGGUCUGUUAAAAUAUAGAAUGAGUGCAAGAGUCAAUCUUGAUUUAUUGGGAGACCUCAAUAAUCAAAUGUGUGUGUGAGUAUUGCACUGUGUUCAAUAUUUCUACUGAUGUAACUGGAAAUGCAGCAUGAGUUUUUUUUUAUACAUAGAUUGCUUGGAUUUCAUUGAAAAACAGGAAAAUAAUGAACUAAUGUUUUGUAACAUUGUUUAUAGACUAAAUUACAAUUCUUUUAAACUUGAAAUCAUGUACAAUUAGCUUCAUGGAGGCAGGUAUGGGGUGCUUUUCAAUCUUUUUUAGGAAUAGUUGAUUUUAGAAAGAACAAAUGUCCUUUGUGACUGUAAAAGGUUUGGUAUUUAAGAAUGUUGCUUAUUUCUGUUAGAGAACCACAUGCUGAAAAUCCGAAAUCAUGAACAAAAUAAACAUGCAGAUCCAGACAUAUUGAGCAAUAAUUAACUGCUAAAUUUGUGAUAGUGACCAAGGUAGAAGUGCCAAUCAUGUGUGAACUACAGUUGUAAGUUUUUUUUUGUCUACUGUGGGGAUGAAUGCUGUAAUUUAGUCAUGGUCUUAUCACUGCUGAAGCACAAUCUCUGAAAGUGAGUACAGCAUUUCCAGAUAAUAAAUUCUAACUUCCUAAUGUUUACAGGACUUAAUCUAACUGUGGAUAUUGUUCUACAGAUCCUAAUCAGUGCCAUCAUUUGUACAUUUUUCUCCAAUUUAUUUUGUGAUAGUUUUAAAAGUCUCUAUGAAAUCACAGAUUCUAUGAUUUUGUAACUUUUAUUGAAAAAUAAGCAAGCUAAGUUGUCAUUUCUGUACAAAUAUCAGAAAUUCACUGUCAGAAAUGCUUUCUGGUGAUGUCAUUUUGUUUCAUUGGUAAACCGAAUCAUUCCUGUAAUAGCAUUUGUACAGUAAAUAAACACUAAUUUGCGUCGCCUUCUUAA